GCGGUCCCUGCUGAUCUCCGCGGAAGUCUUACUUCCCCGUCCAGAACGCUGCUCCGCGAGCUCGGCAUGUUCCCGGAGCUCAGUGACCUCCUCAAUGCCUCCCCGGACCGGGUGGAGCCGGGGAAACUGACUCUACUCUGUGAUGCCGAGACCGAUGGCAGUUUCCUUGUGCACCACUUUCUCUCCUUCUACCUCAAAGCUAAUUGUAAGGUGUGUUUUGUGGCCCUCGUUCAGUCCUUCAGUCACUACAAUAUUGUGGGACAGAAGCUGGGUGUCAGCCUGACCACGGCCCGGGAGCGCGGGCAGCUGGUCUUCCUCGAGGGUCUCAGGUCAGCGGUGGACAUCUUCCUCCGGGCCGAGGGCGAGGCCCACCCCCUGCAGUUCCUCAGGGAGGCCAAGGCCGCCAGCCUGCAGCCGCUGUACGAGUUCGUGCGGGAGGCCCUGGAGCCCGUGGAUCAGGGGGAGGCUGCCUGGAAGCGCCCGGUGCUGCUGGUGGACGACCUCAGUGUGCUGUUGAGCCUGGGCCUGGGGGCGGUGGCCGUGCUGGACUUCGUCCACUACUGCAGGGCCUGCGUGUGCUGCCGGCUGCAGGGAAACAUAGUGGCCCUUGUGCACGACAGUGCACCUGAAAGCACAAAGUCACAUGACCAUCCCAAGAUUCCCUAAGCUGCAGCGCGAGUGUUCAGUCACCAGCCCCACCUGGUCCUGCGGGCCGAGGGCCUGGCCACCGGCUUCUGCAGGGACGUGCACGGGCAGCUGAGGGUCCUGUGGAGGACGCCGUCGCCGCCCGCCCAGCGGGGCCGGAGCCUCACGUUCCAGUACAAGAUCCAGGACAAGAGCGUGGCCUUUUUCGCCAAAGGACUGUCCCCUGCGGUUCUGUGACCCGAGGGGCAGGCAGAGCCCCCCGGGCGGUUUCCUCACGGAGGGUGAAGCAUCUCCGCCUUCGCAGCCGUGUCCCCAGCUGGACUGCGCCCAGGGAGGAGCGGACCGUGGCAUGUGCCCUUGUCCCGUGUUCAGAAAACACGUCAGGAACCCGCACCCUGCCUGUCGAGAUGGAGCUGGGAGCCGGGGUCCUUACACGUCAGCCCGGCCGUUUCCGCGGUGCUUUGGAGCCAGGGUGGGUCUGAGCGCUGGCAGGAGCUGUACCAAUGGCGGGCAUCCUCGGGGACAGAAGAGGCCGUCCUGGCUGCCAUAGAGGGCGCCCCAGGCGCCCCACAUCCUGGCUCCGCGGGCAUCUCAGAGUUUCUACCUUUGUCUUGUGAAGGUCCUUUGCCUAAGCCCAGCGAAGAAGCAGCUUAGGAGGCGUGAGGCCCGAGGAGGCCACACUGGCUGACCCACCCUCCUGGGAAGGGCAGGGCUCCCCCCGUUCAGCUCGGCUCCCCCGGGUUCCCCCUGGUUCUGUGGAGAACGCGGAGGUGCUGUGGGGAACGGGGAGCAGGCGGAGAGAACAGGCGAUGAGCCAUUAAACCAGUUCGAGUAGCAGGAAGCGCACAGGCUGCCGUGGCAGGAGAGCAGUGGUCCCUCGCCUGGUGUGUGAGCUGCCGGAGCGGAGCUUGGGCGAGAAGGCGUGGUUUGGAAGCAGUGCCAGUGCGAGGCCUUGGAAUGCUCCCGUCUUGUCUCUGAGGGCAUCUUUGCUCCUCUGGGUUCAGAAAUGUCUUUUCCUUCUUCACUGCCGGGAAGGGCUGUUCCUUUUUAGCUUAAAAUAACUUCUAAGUGUCCCUUCACUGUUGACUCAUUUGGGAUUCGUGCUUUGUCUCCGUGCUGAUCAUGGAAUAGCCCGGCAGUACUGACUGAAGAGAAUGUACUGAUUUAUUUACAUGUAAAGUUUCUGAAAUUGAGCCUCUGCACCAUUCACCUUUCUAGGUGUUGAAAGGUUAGUGUAUCUGUGCUCUCAGGAGUCUUUAGUUUUUUAUAUCAAUUUUAGAGAGAGCAACAUCUGCUGCUUGUUCCACUUAUCUAUGCAUUGGUUGAUUCUUGUUUGU